AUGUUUGCUCACAUGAUUAAGUAUGGGAAUGAGAACUACUCUAGUCCUCUUCCCAUUGGUCCUCAAAUAACUCGCUUCCUAUACUCUCUUGGCAUUGAUUUUUCUGACAAGAUCAUUGUUUGUGAUAUUCGAGAGGACUUGCGGGCACAGCAUAUCCUUGCUUGUGUCGAUGCUUCGGUUUGCAGAAGGAAGCCUGUCAUUUGCUCAGGGGGAGAGCAGUCUGCUGAUCCUUCAACUCAGCUGGUUCAUGCUCUACUAGAUGUUGCAUCUGUGGCAUUAGAUCAGCAAAUCCAAUCUAUCAAGAGCAAGGAGCUCUGUAACCUAGAAUAUUGCAAGAAGCAAAUUGAUCUAGCUAAGGAAACUGAACUGAGCAGCUUUCAGGAGAAAGAAGAGGAUGGUAUGUCUGACUAUGAGUCUCCGCCAGAAUAUGAGUUUUAG